AUGGAUAUGAACAACAUGAAAGGAAAGGUAGACCAGAUGUUGGAGGCUAGGCUAGCCCAAUCAAAAAACAAUUUUCAACAUGGUGUCACAGAGAAUGUUGGUUCCUCAUCAGGCUUUACUGUAAUUACCAACCCAAUGUAUGACCCUCUGUCUGACUAUAAUCCUCCACAAGUGAACAUUCCUACUCAAUCCCAGUUGAUGCCAUUGACCAAUCCUGAUGUUGAAAGGCUUCAUGCCCUUGAGGAGAGAGUCCGAGCAAUGGAUGUAAAUGACAAUUUUAGGCUUGAUAUGUGCUUAGUACCAGGCCUGGACAGUUUGAUUGGAGCAUCGUUGAGCUGGUAUAUGAAAUUGGAAAGAAGCCAUAUUCAAUCAUGGGAAGACUUAGCGAAUGCUUUUUUGAAGCAGUACAACUACAACUUGGACAUGGCUCCAGACCGAAGGCAGCUGCAAAGCUUAUCCCAAAAGAGCAACGAAUCUUUCAAAGGAUAUGCACAACGAUGGAGAGAAUUGGCAGCCCAAGUGCAACCACCACUCUUGGAUAAGGAAUUGGUUGACUUGUUUAUGGAUACCUUACAGAGUCCUUACUUUGAAAGGAAGGUAGGCAAUGUGUUAUCAGACUUCGCCCACUUAGUGACAAUUGGAGAACGCAUCGAGAGUGCCCUAAAAAGCGGAAGAAUCCAAAGCGCCUCGAGCAGCCAAGCUAGCGAGACAGAAUCCCUCAACAAUUCCCAAAAGGAAGAAGAGGAUGAAACCAAUGCAGUCAUAACAGAUGUCAGGCAACCAGCAACGCCGAGAGCACCAUACCAGCAACCAUGGUGUACUCCUUACGCAAAUCAACGAUCUCGUGGUCGAGGAUAUCAAAAUCAGCCUUCGAACCAAUCUAGGCCUCGAAACAAUCUGGAAAGAAGGAAUGCUCCUCUCGAUCCAAUUCCCAUGUCAUACAGUCAACUUCUACCAUAUUUGAUUCAAAGUUCAUUGGUGGAUCCCAAGUCUCUCAGGCCAUUACCAGAACCAUACCCACCUGGAUAUGACCCUGAUGUGCAAUGUGGAUAUCAUGCCGGGUCAAUAGGGCACUCGACCGAAGACUGCAACGCUUUCAAAGCCAAGGUUCAACAGUUGAUCGACAAAAAGUACAUAUCCUUUCCAGACGGAAAUCUGUUGGUGCAUGUCAACCUCUCGUCUGAAUAA